CUCUAGCCAGCUGGGAAAUAAAAAACACAAGCCAUCGAAAUACGCAUCAAAAACUGUUUCCUUUUUAAUAUCAAUUUCAAGUUUCAAUUGUCAUAACGAGGUAAUCACCCAGAAAAGAUGACCACAGCUGCGCGCCCUACAUUCGAUCCCGCCCGCGGAGGCUCCGGGCGAGGCGAGAAGGACCUGAGCGCCCUGAGCAAACAGUACUCCAGCCGCGACUUGCCAGGCCACACCAAGCUGAAAUACAGAGAGACUGGCCAGGGCACCAGCGAGGAGAUCCGCGGCCGUGACUUCCGCAAGGAGCUGGAGGAACGUGAGCGUGAUGCUCGUUCUGGAGCUGGUUCUGGCAAGGCUCUGCCAUCCAUUGUGCGCAAGGCCAUCGAGGCGAAUAGCGCCAGUGGUGGCGGUGGGAGUGGCAGCAAGCGAGCCAAGACUGAUGCCGCCCAGCAGCAGCAGCUGCAGCAACAGCAGCAGGCCGCCAACUUGGAUGCGGACGAGCCGCUGGACAAUGACAGUUCCGAUUCGGACAGCGACUCGGAUGACGACGAUGCCGCCCUGUUGGCGGAAUUGCAGAAGAUCAAGCAGGAGCGUUUGCAGGAGACAGCGCGUCGCGAUGCCGAAAAGAAGCAGGAGGACGAACGAAUUCGAAUGGAGAACAUCCUCUCGGGCAAUCCCCUGAUCAACUACGAACCCGGAACGGCUGCCUCGGCAGCGGGGAGAGCCUCCGGACUUGGAGGCGACCUCAAGAUCAAACGCCGCUGGGACGACGAUGUUGUCUUUAAAAACUGUGCCCGUUCGGCGCCCGAGAAGAAGACUCACUUUGUCAACGAUGCCCUGCGUUCCGAUUUCCACAAGAAGUUCAUGGACAAGUACAUUAAGUAAAAUCCCUUUCAUUUUCAUAAUUACUUUUUUUGUGUAAUAGUUUAAGUAAAAACAAACUAGCAAUUUCAUUUAUCUGGCCAUCCGCUAUCCGUUGAUAAGUAAAAUCCAUGAUUUGUAAGAACA